GUCAUUUUGAAUUCUGAGGUGGGUGGUCAAGAAGUAUUUGUCUGCUAGAAAUUGCUUUGAGCUUCCAGAGGGUUACAACAGGCCAAGAGUGACAGACAGCAGCACACAUAACCAUGCUAGUGACCAGGAUUACAUCUUUUAUACUUCUUUUUGUCCUGCUUUCAAACACAGAGGCAAAGCCAACAUCAACUCUACGACAAAAGCGCGCACCAAAAUAUUUUUAUUUCCCACGUAUGGGCCGAUCGGCAUUUUAUUUCCCACGAAUGGGCAGGAAUAAUGUCCCACACCCAAAUCAACAUUAUCCUCUAAUGAGUAGGAAUGAAGAAUCACAAAAUCAAGACCUAGACGCCAUUAACAUGCUGACAAAUAACGACCUGUAUGGUCAGCCAACCCCAUACAAACAUAAUCUGCCAAUGGGCAAAAGUCAAAUACUACCAAGUCAGGGUGACGACAGCAUGCCGGGGGAUAUCUGCUGUUCUGCUGGUGUAUCCCGUGUUUGGGGCCUCAAAGAUCCCGAGCCUCGCCAUCUAUGCUCAGCUAAAAAAUGCUGUCUUGGACUGACAUCAAAAGUUUAUGUCGCCUCCGAUUUAACUGUUUAUGAACUAUGUGUAUCUGAUUCGGCUGAGCAACCAUUAGAGUCCAAGAGUUAAUGGAAAGCCAAAUCUUCUUGAUAUUGACAAUUUAAUUAUGUACCAUUUAUGUUAUAAUUUUACAGUGAAAUAAAUUUGUAUAUUUGAUUAUAUAA